UUUCCUAUUCGGAACCCUUAACUUCUGCUAUCCUUUCCACCAACAAUACUUAUUCUCUCUUUCUUUUUUCCAAUUCCUCUUCUUCUCUUGUCCUUUGAUUUUAGACCAACUAAACAUAUCAACAAAGUCUCCCUCUCUUUCUCUCUCUCUUUUUCUAUUGUCCAAAAUUUCAUCUCUUUGGAAAAACCCUAGACCAAAGAUUCCAAUCUCUUUUCUCUUAAAUUGUUCAAUUUUUUUUUUUUUAAAUAUAUAGAUUUGGGUAUGUUGUGUCAUUGAAUCUUGUGACUGCCAUGACAGAUCUUUUUGGGAUCUGCAUAGAGGAGUUGCUUCUUGUAGCAGCUUUCAGGUAGCUGUAGCCAGCCUGCAUCAGAUGUUAUUAACUCACUAGACACCAAACACAAGAACAAAAAAACGGCAAGCACUUUGAAGAGCCAAACAAAGAAAGUGGGCAAACAAAAACGGCACGCAAGUUUUCACUCCAAGUUGGUUUUACAAGAAAAAAAAACUACUCUUGGAAUGUCAUUUUGAGAGGUAACAAAAAAAAAAAUGGGACUUAAGGGUUAUAGCGUCGGAGAAGGAGGAGGAGAGAUAGUUGAGGUUCAAGGCGGCCACAUAAUCCGAGCCACGGGCCGAAAAGACCGUCAUAGCAAAGUUUUCACAUCGAAGGGUCCACGUGACCGGCGCGUGAGACUGUCAGCUCACACGGCGAUUCAGUUCUACGAUGUUCAAGACCGGUUAGGGUAUGACCGGCCUAGCAAAGCCGUUGAUUGGCUCAUCAAGAAAGCCAAAACCGCCAUAGAUAAGCUCGAAAUCGCGGAGACUACUACUAGUACUCAUCAAGAACCGGUGACUACUAAGCCGGGAUCUCCCAAUUUGGUUUUCCAAAGAGAAAACAAUGACCAAACGCAGUUCGUGGCGGCCAAUCUUGAUCCUGAAGACGCAAUGAAAACGUUCUUCCCGGCGACGACGACAACAAGCGGUGGUGGUACAAACAUGAAUUUCCAAAACUACCCUCAUCAUGAUGACGACAACAUAGUCUCAAGAAGAACAACAACAACACCACCGAACCUUAGCCAAGAUCUUGGACUCUCUCUUCACCCGUUUCAAGGAAACAACAACGCAGUCGUAGUACCCGAGACCAACAGUUUCACCACGACUCACUUCGAACCAUUCGGGAGAAUAUCUGGAUGGAACCAUCACGACUUAACGAUGACGUCAUCCUCCUCAUCCGAGCAACAAGAAGAAGAAAGGAGUAAUGGUGGUUUCAUGGUGAAUCAUCAACAUCAACCGUCGAUGAUGACAUUGCUUAAUACUCAGCAGCAACAAGUGUUUCUUGGUGUGCAACAACAACAACAACAAAGGGGUACCCUUCAGUCCAGUUUAUUCCCUCACUCGUUUCGUUCUUGGGAUCAUCAAACCACGCCAGAUCACCAUCAUCAUCACAACCAAGUUUCUCCUGUGAUGUUUGCUUCUCCAUCACAGUUUGGUUCUCAUGGGAUGAUGAUGAUGCAAGGCCUUAGUUUCCCCAACACUACAAGACUACUCCAUGGAGAAGAAGCUACUCAACCAAACUCUUCUUCUUCUCAAAACUCACACCUCUAAAAGUCUAAACCCGGCUCAGACAACAAUGGAGGUUUUGAUUCAUCAUGACAUUGAACAAAAAAGGAGGAAAUUAAUGUGACGAAAGGAGAGUACGCCAUAUAUUAAUUAUCAUUACUACUAUAUCUCUAUCUAUAUAUUUAUGAUUCGAGACUAUUAUUACUCUUUUGGUGUUAUUAUUGUUAUUAUUCAAUUUUGCUUGUUUGCUUCUAUAUAUGAUCUAUAGAGUGAUCAUCAAUAUUACGAUAUUGAUUAUUGAACGCGAUGAGUUCACUCUAUGUAUUUUGGCUUUAAUAUGGCCUUAGGCUGGGAUAAAUUGUAAUCUCAUUUUUUGUUCUACGAGUGAGUUUUGAUUUUCCCUGGUUUUUAUCUUUCUUCGGUUAAGUAAAGUAUUUGAAGGACGUUAAAAGCU